ACACUUUUGAGUUCUCUCUUUCUCUCCUCGGCAUUGACUUGUUGCUUCUUUUCCUCCUCCUGCUGCUGCUCUUCUUCUUCUUUGUGUGGGCUGUUGCUCAAACAGCUUUUUGAAAGAAGGGCUUCCUUGGCUUUCUGGAGGCCUUUUUCUUACGCGUGAGCUGCACGUCGGGAGCUAGGGACUGCACCUACGCUGGGCUGCCUACAUCAUCCAGGGCGAACGACACCGCCGGUGCUUGCAUCCGUCGCCGCUACCGCUCACGUAAACGAUCCAUCAUCGCCGACGCGACUGUCCGCCCUGUAAUAACCACGCCGCCGCGCGCUGCCGCCAAUACGCCGUCCUCAUAGCUCGCGAGCUCCGCCGCCGUUUUACAUCCAUCCAUCGGGCUGGAUAUAUACAAAUUACAUCCACAAAAACAUCACAAAACAACAACAAUGGCACACUAUCAACCGUACCCCGUGCCCUUAGCGGCAAUGUCCUACCCUUCCCUCCCUCCACCUCCCUCCCUCCCGACACACCCUCUCCCCACCCUCAUCCUCUCCAGCACCGCCUUGGCGCUCUCCCUCCUCCUCACCGCUACCUCUCUGACACAUGUGCUGCGCGCGCGACUACGCCUACGUCGGCGCGGCACCCGCGCGCAGGUGACGGGCCCGGAGGCGCCGUACCGCGAUGAGGAUGGCGGCGCGACGCGCGAUAGCGAGGAGGUAUAUGCGAGGUGGUUGCUGGCCAAAGGGGUACUGCUGCUUGUGGGUGCGGUUGUGGGCACGGGUGUGGGCGGCGUAAGAGCUGUGGCGGGGACGUUGGGGGAGAGGGAGAGAGGGGUGCUGGGGCUGGUGGGGCUGUGGUUGGCAGCGGGGAUUUGGUUGCCUCUCAUUACGCAAGCAAUCCUUGUCCUAGUGGAGAAAGACCCGGUCCGCAAAUACGAAGUCGCCCUGAACAACUCCAUCUCCUAUAUCAUCGUCACGGCGCUCUUCUGCUAUGUCAACGGUUUUAUCGGCCAGGACCGAGUCAAUCUCGGGCUCUCCAUCGCCGAAGUCGCGCUGGCCGUAGUUGGGUUCUUCCUCUGCGCGUCAUUCCCGCGACGCCCUGACGUCUUCCUCAAUGGCCGUCCCGUGGACCGACAAAAGUCUGCAUCCGCAUUAAGCCGCUACAGCUACAGCUGGCUUACGCCCUUGUUGAGCUUUGCUUCCAAGCGGCAGGUGUUGAGGCAAGAUGACAUUCCGAAGCUGGACAGUGCCAGGAGAGCUCGUGACCUCCACGAUGCCUACGUUUCCAAGAACUACACUGGAAGACUGUGGAAAAGUGUUAUCAAAGCUCAUGCUCCUGCGUUGGUUCUCCAGUACAUACUCGGGACACUGGAGUCCCUCCUCAUUGUAGUGCCGCAGAUCGCCAUGUUCCACCUCCUUAAGCUCCUGGAGGCGCGUCAGCAGGGCGCAAACGUCACACUGGAAGCAAGUCUCUGGGUCGUCGGCCUGGGAAUCGGGAUCCUAAUCCAGAACUUCUUUGAGAACUGGCGCUGGUGGGUGAGCUACGGUCACUUGAAUGUGCCUAUCAGGGUGCAGCUGUCUGCGCUCAUUUUCUCCAAGGCAAUGCGCAGGAAGGAUGUGAAAAGCGCCGAGACGACUCACGAGAACAAUUCGAACGUUAUUGGCGCAGUUGCGACGUCGAGCUCUGGUCCGGAGGAGGUUGCGGGCAAGAAGAACACGGAAGAAGCGGCAGCUGACCCAACUGCCCAAAAGACUGAGCAAGGAACGAUCAACCUUGUUGGUGUGGAUAGCAAGCGCAUCGCAGACUUUGCCACGUACCAAAACGGAUUUUAUGGCGCGUUCCUUAAGAUCACUGUCUCUUUCGUCUUCAUUUAUAAGCUGGUUGGAUGGCAAGCCCUCAUCGCGGGUAUCAUCGCGCAGCUCCUCACUGUUCCCUUGAACUUGUAUUUCACGAAGCGCUACGCGAGUGCUCAGAAUGAUUUGAUGACAGCUCGGGACCGCAAGCUUGCGGUUCUGAACGAGGCGUUGACUGGAAUUCGUCAGAUCAAGUUCUCGGCGCUGGAGAAGCAAUGGCAGGCCAAGAUCCAGGAGUUCCGUGAGACGGAGCUCAAGACAAUUUGGAGGGUUUUUGUUUCUGACACGUUCCUCAUUUUCUGCUGGAUCUUCGGCCCCUACAUGCUGUCGGCUGUCACGCUUGCAACCCACGCUAUCGUCCAUGAUCACCUUUACCCCUCUGUUGCGUUUACCACAAUUGGUAUUUUGACGCAGAUUGAGGGAACUCUUGCCUUUAUUCCCGAGCUCAUAGCAUCCGGUCUUGAUUCAUGGGUUAGUAUAAACCGCAUCGAAGAAUACCUGAACGCGCCAGAGAAAGAGAACAACACGGAGCCUGGUGACCGUAUCGCAUUCAAGGAUGCGAGCGUAGCCUGGCCUUCGAAUGCCGAAAAGAACGAGGAGGCUUUUGUGCUCCGCGAUCUCGAUUUCAGCUUCCCCGAGGGUGAACUCAGUGUCAUUUCGGGCCGCACCGGAUCCGGUAAGACACUCCUUCUGAAGGCGAUCCUGGGAGAAGUAGACAUCAUUUCCGGGACAAUCGAGAUGCCGCAGGCUCCGCCCCACGACCAAAGGUUUGACUGGAAGGCUACGAAGAAGGACUGGAUCAUCCCCGCCGCUAUUGCCUUUGUGAGCCAGCAGCCAUGGAUCGAGAACUGCAACUUCAGGGACAAUGUCCUGUUCGGCCUUCCGUUUGACUCACAGCGCUACCGCAAGGUCAUCUCAGCUUGUGCGCUCGAAAAGGACCUCGAAAUGCUGACAGACGGCGACAUUACGGAGAUCGGCGCACAGGGUAUCAACCUCAGCGGUGGUCAACGCUGGCGCAUCACGCUCGCGCGGGCGCUCUACUCGCGCGCUGGCAUUUUAGUCCUGGACGACAUCUUCAGCGCCGUGGACGCGCACGUCGGCAAGCACAUCUUUGAGAAGGCAUUGACGGGCGAGCUGGGCCAGGGUCGCACGAGGAUCAUUGUCACGCAUCACGUCGCGAUGUGCCUGUCGAGGACGAAGUUCGAGGUCUUGCUUGAAGCUGGGCGGGUGGAAAAGGCGGGCUUGGUCGAUGAACUCCGCAGUUCUGGCGAUAUCGAGACGAUCCUCGAGGAGGAAAAUCUCGAGGAUGAGGCGACCGAGACGGCGACGGAUUUGUUGGAGGUCCCGAACGGCAAUGGCCACCACGGUGGUAGGCGUCGCAGCUCGCACUCAAAGUCGAAUGCGCUCUCUCGUCAACGAUCCCACUCGAGUAUCCGGUCCGACGCGCUCAUUGACAAUGGCCACCUCGACGUCAACUCGAAGUAUGUCGCUAAGAAGUUUGUCGAAGAAGAGACCAAGCAACGGGGCCAUGUGCUGUGGAACAUCUACCUCCGGUACGUGCGGGCCGGCGGUGGCUACUGGCUUUGGGGCGGUAUCGUGUUCGCGUUCAUGUUCGUACAGGCACUGAUACUGGGGCGGUCAUGGUGGCUCACCAUCUGGACGAGUCAGUACAAGACCGAGUCAUCGGCAGAGGCGAAGCCCUUCACAGCCAUGACAUUCCAGCAUCCUAUGGCGCAGCGGGCGCUGUCAGUGCAAACCGUCUCGCGGGAUACGCGCUUCUACGUCGCUGUGUACCUGCUCAUCUCCGUUGCUCUCUCGACCAUUGGCGCGCUCCGCUAUUUCUGGGUAUAUUGUGGCUCGAUCCGCGCGAGUCGCAAGCUGUUCGACGACUUGACAUAUGCGGUCCUGCGCGCCCCGCUCCGCUGGCUUGAUACCGUGCCUACUGGCCGUGUGCUCAACAGGUUCACAGCGGACUUUAGCACCCUGGAUCUGGAGCAGGCAAAUGCGUUUUCGUUUAUGGUGUUCAACUUCCUGAUGGUGGUUGGCAUUGUCAUCGCCGGCAUGAUGGUCACGCCAAUCAUGGUUAUCUUCGCCGUGCUCCUACUCGCGCUCUGCCUGCGGUACUCGCUGUUCUACCUCGCCGGCGCGCGCGAGACCAAGCGUCUGGAGUCGCUCGCCAAGUCGCCUGUCUUUGAGCUUUUUGGUGCCGCGCUCUCCGGCAUCAGCACCAUCCGUGCCUUCGACAAGAGCGACUCUUACAUCGAGAACAUGUUCGCCAAGAUUGAUGCACAUGGCCAGACUGUCUACUACAUGUGGUCCUUCAACCGCUGGCUGACAUUCCGUCUCGGCGUUGUUGGCGCUGUCUUCACAGUCGCCAUGGCGGCCCUGAUCGUCAGUCUCGGAAAUAUUGACGCCUCCCUCGCGGGUUUCGCGCUGGGCUUCACGCUUGACUAUUCCAUUUCGGUCGUAUUUAUGCUGCGGCAGUACGCGGUGGUGGAGCUGAGCAUGAAUGCCGUCGAGCGCAUCGUCGAGUACUCGGAUCUGGAGAUUGAAAACGAAGGCGGCGAACCCGCGCCCGCGGCCUGGCCUGCCGAGGGCCGUCUCGAAGUGGAGAAUCUUGUUGUUUCGUACGCGCCCGACCUCGAUCCCGUACUCAAGGGCGUGAACUUCAGUGUCGCUCCCAACGAGCGUGUCGGCAUCGUCGGCCGUACCGGUGCAGGCAAGUCAAGUCUCACGCUCGCGCUGUUCCGCUUCCUUGAGGCGCAGGAAGGUCGCAUUGUCAUCGACGGGCUGGAUAUUUCGAAGAUCCGCCUGCACGACCUCCGAAGUCGCCUUGCGAUUAUCCCGCAGGACCCGGUCCUCUUCUCGGGCACUAUCCGCAGCAACCUCGACCCCUUUGGCGAGCACGAGGACAGAGACCUGCACGAGGUGCUCGCGCGCGUCCAUCUGACCGACGGGCCUCCGCACGAGUACAGCAACGGCGACGGGCUGGCCCUCAUCCCGCCAACGACAACGCGCAGCGUCCUCACGCACGUCUUCCCGCACAUGAACCCGGCGCACAACGACGCGGCAUCGACGCACUCGGGCUCGUCAUCGCACUCGUCGCACCACCACCUCACGGAAGAAGAAGAGCGUGAGCUCUUCACGCACCACACGGGCCCGGUCACGGUGCCGGAACUGGAAGCGAUUUUCGGGACGCCGCCAUCGUCGCCGUCGGCGGGCUCGGACGCGGGCGCAGAAGCAGAAGCGGCACCGCUCCCGUCGCUGCCGCCAAACUUCAACCCCUUCACCAACCUCUCGUACCCGAUCGCGCCGGCGGGCGCAAACCUCUCGCAGGGCCAGCGCCAGCUGCUCUGUCUUGCGCGCGCGCUGCUGGCCAGACCGAAGGUAAUGAUUCUAGACGAGGCGACGAGCGCGGUGGACAAGGCAACGGAUGCGCGGAUCCAGGCGAGCGUGCGCGCCGAGUUUGGUGGUCGCAGCACUCUGCUCGUGAUUGCGCAUCGGUUGAGCACGAUUGCGGAUUUCGAUCGCGUGGUUGUUGUGGGUGAGGGGAGGGUGGUCGAGACGGGCUCGCCGAGGGAGUUGCUGUUGCGUGAGGAGGGCGUGUUUAGGGGGAUGGUGGAGGGGAGUGGUGAGAAGGAGGGGCUGUGGAGGGUUAUUCUUGGGGAGGGGGAGGGCGAGGAAUAAGCUGUUUGAAGGAGGGGGUUAGGCGUGGGUAAGGGCUGUACUGUAUGAUGAUGAUGGGUUAUGUAUAUGUGUAUAUGUAGAUAUGGAGGGGUGGGCGGGGAGUCUAAAAUAUGGUUUUUGGGCUUGCGUGUGUUUGUGUGCUGUGCUGCUGCUGUUGUGGGUGUGGGUGUGAGCUGUGAGUGUGAGUGGAUGUGAUAGGUAGAGAUGAGGGAGGGGCUGUGGAAAGUUGCUGGUUGUGAAUGUUUUGGGCUGGU